ACCUGAACCACCUCCAUCUGUCUCUGCCUUCUUGUGAUAUACGUCGCCUUAUUGGUUGAUAUCUUGCAUACACCAUGUUGAUAUUCGCCUUCGUCGUCCAGGGUGCCGCGGCUCUCAUCGGCGCCCUCGCCCUCAUCGCCUCCGUCCCGCUCGCCGCUCCGGGGACUCUUCUCAUCCUGCGCGAGUGCACACGCUCGCUGGACUGCUCGACUUGUGGCAGUAUGUUGAUGCUGGAAUACUCGCGGAACAUGGGUCACUACCAGCGGGUGGUCAAGCGUUCGCUGAACACGCUUUUUGUCGCUCAUGGCCUGCCUCCGGCCCGCCUACGUUACGGCCUUGAACCUCCUCCGGACCCGGAUUUCGUUCGUCUCAUCCAGUCUGGCUGCGGCUAUCCCGGUGGUCUUUGCUCAUCGCUCGACUUCAACCCGACGCAGACGUCGUCACUCGACGGCCUCGUUCGCCCCACCAUGGUGCCAACUCGUCCUUCGGUCGACUUCCUACUCUCAGACAACUUGGAGCUGCCUCCCGUCUACGUCUGGUCGACGUCGAUCACGGUGCCCAUCAUGGUAUCUACUGUUGUCGGGGAACUUGCAAGUCCUGCCGCUUCUCUGUCUAACGCAACAUCCAUGGCCGCCUCGCCUCUUGAUUCGGCUGAAGGUCGCCUAGCUCCGGCGGUCGAUAUGGUGGAUCUCGUUCCUCUUAUGGCUGCCGGUCUCUUCCUGUCGGUCUUGGUUAUCGGCACAUGCCUGGCGCCUCCUCGCUACUCCGUCGAGUCUAUGCCGAACUGGCGGUUCGUCUCUUCCCAGGCUUCCUCGGACGACACCGAGUUCUGGCGCAAGUACGACGAUCUCGAAGCUGGUCUGGCGUCUCCCGACUCUACGUAUUCUGUGGGCAACGCGUCUCAUCCUUGUUCGUCAUCAAAUCCUGCAAGCGCAACUAUGCCAGCUGCGGCAUCCCAAGCGGUUCAUCACAUCGCGGAGCGACCUCCUGUUGAAGAAGUGCACGUCGGCAUUUCCUCUACUUCUGGUCGCGGUUCGAUCCCUGGUGAACCUCCUGCUAGCCCUCCUGGUUGAAUGUUCAGUCUUGUCGCACGCGUAUCUGGUGUCGUUACAUAAGUAGCCAGAU